CCGAAAUAGAAAACUCGACGGCAUUUCUCUGAAGUCGUUGCACGUGGACACACACGGAAAAUACAAAACAAAUCUGAACUAGAAUUUUGAAUAUUCAAAAAAAAAAAACGUGCUAUCAUCAUGGCGGUUAGACAUGAACUGACCGCCAUUUUGGUUUUUACAAUCGUUUUUAGUUACGCGAACUGUUGCGAUAUUGACGAUGUAGCUGUAUAUAAAGUGACCUUAGCCACUAUGUGGACUGAAGAGCGUUUUCCGAAGGACUAUCCACUUGAGCAUCGACCUAAGGCACAAUGGUCGCAGGUUUUCGGUCAAUCACAUAACAGCAACCACAGUCUUUAUCGCUUAGGAGAAGUGGCAAGAACAACGGUUCGAGAAUUUGCGCAGUUUGGUAAAAUUGACGAUCUGGUCAAUGAAAGUGACGAAGAACCAAAGGUCUACGACCAGUUUUCUGCACCAGCAAUAAAGUCGGGAGAAGGGGAAACUGAGAACAUGGUAUUUGUGGAUGGAGGCCAUAGUCUGGUGUCAUUAAUUUGCCGCUUAAUCCCGUCUCCGGAUUGGUUCGUCGGCGUGGAUAGCUUGAACCUGUGCGUCGACCAUUCGUGGGUUGAUGAAGUUGCAUUAGACCUAGAACCUCUUGACGCCGGAGCGGCCAGUGGUCUGACUUUCACAGCUCCCAGAUGGGACACGGAUCCUCCUGAACCAAUCAGCAAGCACAGACCACGACAGCCCAACCACGCCGCAGCCGGAUUCUACUACCCUGAAUUAAAAGAAUUACCAGCUAUAGCCAAAGUACAGUUUACUAGGAUUAAACAAUACUCGACUAAAGAACUUAACAAUUUGAUUAGAAAAGACUUAAUAUCUAUACUUCGUGAGAAGAAUCUUCGCAAGGGACUCCCCAAAAGGAUCGUUAAGAAAGAUGGCCCCAAGGAUUACACUGAGAGCACUACGAAGAGUAACUUGGAGCGUCUUACGGAGCUAGAGGAAGAACCCUUUGGGACGCCUCUCCCUGGAUUACCGGAAAAUCAUACCAUUGUUGUAACAACUCAAGGGACCUUGCCUACAAUCGAGCCGGAAUUUGGCAGUGAACUUAAAAAUAUGGAUGACGUAAUACUCGCCGUAGCUAAUGGAAAGAAAUUGGGUCUUCACAAGCAUUUACCAAGACAUUUCAGAUCUAGACUGCAUCACGCAGUAAACAAGGUUCAACCCAAUGACUGUCUAGUUUCCGAAUGGAGUCAAUGGACCACGUGCUCCGCCACGUGUGGCUACGGAGAGAAAAUUCGAUACAGAACUAUAAUAAGAAAGAAGAAACGAGGUGGCCGCUCUUGUCCUCCACUAACAGAAAAAGAGCAUUGCGGAAAAGUCAACUCGUGUUUUCAUAUCGAUUAUUUCGACUGGUAAUUGUAAGAGGAAGUUAAAUGGUUCUAAAAUUAUCACAAUGGUAUCCACUAGUUGUGCGUUUAUGUGUUUUAAAUGUUUUGUAGUUCACGAUUGGUUUUUAUUUAUUUUGAUUCACCUUUUUGACUUGACUAUUUUAAUCAAAUUAUGGGAACCGGCUGGAUGCAGGGUGCGCCGGACUGGUCCUUGUGGCGAGCUUUGGGGGAGGCAUAUUUCCAGCUGUGAGCGUCUGUGGGAUGAUGAUGGUGAUAAUGCUGUGUACUUACGAAUUAUAAUAUAAUUCGAAUUAUAAUUAAUCAAUUUGAAUGAUGAGGUCACGUAUUGGAAUUUAAAUAAAUGA